GUUUUUUUUUCUUUUCUUUUUGAAUGUCGGCGACCGUCGCUCGUGCUGCUCACCACCACGGUCCGAUCGGCGCCGGCGCAGGGUCAACAACCGCACCAGCAAUGCAGUCGCAGCCGCAGCCCGGCGGCAAAGUGCUGAGCGGAGCCGCGUUGAGGCGCGCAAUGAAGAAGAAGGAUCGCAGGAAGCAGAAGGGCAAGAAGCACGGCCACGGCGCGACGACCAACGGCACAUCCGCAUCCGCUGACGACGACGACGACGACGACGACGACAAUGCUGACGAUGAUGGUGGAGCGGGAGCCGGCGCAGAGGACGACAUUGACAUUGAGGUCGAGUACGUUGCCGAAGCGCCGCCAGUCGACCUCGCAAGUGCACAGUACGCAGAGUUUGCAAAGGCGUUUGCGCGAUUCCAGCCACAGUCUGCUGAUGCUGGUGCGGGUGCGGGUGCGGGUGCGGCGGCUGAAGGCGGGGCCGACGACCCGUCAACGACCGAUGCUGCUGCACAAGCUGCUGCUGCCCAAGCUGCUGCCGAUGCUGCUGCUGCCAAGAGCGCGAGCGAGCAAAAGUCUGCCGAGGGCGACGAGAACGACGGCGAGGGCGACAAGGCGAUGAGCAACCGCAGGCGCAAGAUGACCGAGCGCUUGACAGUGGCCGAGCUCAAGCAGCUCGUGCGGGCGCCAGACGUCGUUGAGGCGGCAGACGUCACUGCACGCGAUCCGCGACUGCUCGUCACACUCAAGUCCGCGCGAAACACGGUGGCAGUGCCCGUGCACUGGCAGCAGAAGCGCAAGUACCUCCAGAACAAGCGCGGCCAGGAGAAGCCGCCGUUCGACCUGCCCGAGUUUAUCAAGGCCACGGGCAUCAUGGAAAUGCGCGAUGCCGUCGCAGAGAAGGAAGCGGCAAAGUCACUCAAGUCCAAGAUGCGCGAGUCAGUGCGGCCCAAGAUGGGUAAAAUCGGCAUCGAGUUCCAAAAGCUGCAGGACGCCUUCUUCAAGUUCCAAACAAAACCCAUCAUGUCCAAGUUUGGCGAAAUGUACUUCGAGGGCAAGGAGUUUGAGACCCGAGUCACCGACCGCCGUCCUGGCCAGCUCUCGAACGAGCUCAAGGAGGCGCUCGGCAUGCCGAUCUCGGGCAACUCGAUGCACCUCUUCCCUCCGCCGUGGCUCAUUCCCAUGCAGCGCUACGGCCCGCCGCCGUCCUACCCCAACCUCAAAGUCCCCGGCUUGAAUGCACCCAUCCCGUCUGGCGCCAAUUUCGGCUACCAUCCUGGCGGCUGGGGUCGUCCGCCCGUCGACGAGUACGGCCGCCCGCUGUACGGCGACGUCUUUGGCACCGUGGCUGCCGACUACAACAAGACACUGAAGGCUGAAGACAACGAGCCCAUCCAGCGACAGCUUUGGGGCACGCUUGAGGCCGAGGCUGCCGAGUCUGACUCGGAGUCGGAGGACGAGGAGGCCGAGGAUGGCAACGACGAAGGCGCCGAAGGCGUCGAUGACGGUGAAAACGAAGACGAGUACACGAACGGCGGCGCAGCAGCUGCCGACGACGAGGAGGACAGCGACGCUGCAGAGCGUCGCGCCCAAGCCGCCAUCGCUGCCGAGUUGCACGGCAUGGAAACGCCCAGCGGUCUCUCCUCCAUUCCAGCGGGUCUGGAGACUCCCGAUGUCAUCGAGUUGCGCAAGCGACGCAUCGAGAGCGCAAUGGACCAGCGAGACGGCGAAGCAGAUGCGGGUCGUCCAAAGUCGCUCUACCAAGUCAUCCCCGAGAAGCGUGCCACGGUUGGCGGUUCCCUCAUGGGCUCCGAGCGUGUGUACGAUAUGCUUGGUGCCACGACAUCGCGGCGAACCGUUGGUGCAGGUGUGGACCUGGCGCUUGAUCCGAGCGAACUGGAGGGCCUGGAUGAGGACGCUUUGAGGGCACGAUUGGAAGCCGCGCAGCGCGAACAGCCUGGCGGCGAACCAAAAGAGGAUUUGAGCGAUCUGGUCGCAGAACAUGCCGCCCGACAGACUGUAAAGAGAAAGAAGGCCCAAGACACUGGCAAGUCCAAAAAGUUCAAGUUUUAAAGCGACACUUCGAUUUUUGAUUUUUGUUGUUGUUGAGCCGUAUUUUUUUUUCUCCCAAACUGCAUGUUCAUGGCGAGUACACUGUUUAUGCAGA